UAUUCAUCUUAUCAUAUCAACAAAUAUCAAGAUGACCACCCUCCAACCCCGGCCGCCGUAUACCGAUGCCGAGCUGCAGAAGCUCUACCCCCCCAACCUGGACCUGCAGCUCGUCCAGAUCCUCAUGCGCCAUGUAAGUCAUUCCUUCACCGUCCUAUACCACGAACCCAACAUACGUCUAACCACCCCCCCCCAAUCCCCCAGGGCGAACGCACCCCCGUCUCUCCCCGCUUCCAAAACACCGGCCUCCCCCCCUUCUGGCCCUACUGCACCUCAGUCCGCCAAAUAACCUCCACCAUCCUCUCCCCCUCUUCUUCCUCUCUCACAACCCUCCAAUGGACCCGCCGCCUCGAGACCUUUUCGCGGGAAUCCGACUCGCCCACCCUCGCCCUCUCCCCCACCUCCCACCCACACAACAUCUUCAAAAUUGGAACCCUUACAGAACUAUGUCGGCAAACAAACUCCUCCCUCGGAGCCAGCCUCCGAGACCUCUACAUCAACCGCUUAGGCAUAAAUACCCCGGCAAUAACCUCCCCCUCCCAAAUCUACCUCCGCACCACCCCCGUCCCUCGCGCGUUGGAAUCCCUCCAACAGACAUUUUCUACCCUCUACCCCCCUAACACGCGCCUUCACUCCCCUGAAACGGGCAUCUUCCCUACACCGGUGAUCAUCACGCGGGCACAUGCGGAUGAAACGCUUUACCCCAACGAUGGCAACUGCAGGCGCUUUGCGGCUUUGUCACGGGCUUUUGCGCAGAGGGCGGCGGAUAGACAUAACAACACGCCUGACAUGGAAUACCUCAACCAGCUGAUAGGCAAGUGGAUGGACGGGGGGAAGGUGGCGGUUGACAGCAGGCCGAGACUUUCUGGUGUGAUGGAUACGAUUAAUGCUACUUUGGCGCAUGGACCCGAGACAAGACUACCGAAGGAGUUUUAUGAUGAAAAGGCGAGGGGGAUAAUCGAAAAGAUUGGGGUGGAGGAGUGGUUUCAGGGUUACAGAGAGUCGGAAGAGUAUAGGAGGUUGGGGAUUGGGGGUUUGGUCGGGGAUUUGGUUGAGCGGAUGGUCAAGAGUGUGGAGGGGAGGGGUGAUGGGGUGAGGUUUGGGUUGCUUGGGUGUCAUGAUACUACGCUUGCGGGGAUGCUGGCGAGUUUGGGGGCUUUUGGGACGGAGAGGUGGGUGCCGUUUACUAGUCAUGUUGCUGUUGAGUUGUUUACGGAUAAUAUGAAAGGGGGAAGGGAAAGGGGGGGGUGGUUUGGGGGUUUGUUUGGAAAGGGGAAAGAGAUUGGGAGACGGCCGGCGGAGGAGUUGGGGGAAGAGGAGAAGAAGAAGUUGGAGGGGUAUUAUGUUAGGUUGAGAUAUAAUGAUGAGGUGGUUACUGUGCCCGGGUGUAGGAUGGAGGGGAGGCAUUUGGAGGGGGAUGAGUCGUUUUGUACUCUGGCUGCCUUUAAGGAGAUUGUGGAUAAGUUCACGCCCAAGAACUGGAAGCAGGAAUGUCGGAUGGGCAGAGGGGAGACGGUUUCUUUGCCGAAGGUGCCGGAGCCGGCUGGGUAUUGA